AUGAAUAAUUCAUGGAAGCAAAGAGAGCUCGUAUUUAUACUUGUUUAUGCAGCUAUCUUUUACAUCAUCAUCAUUCGGUAUUCCCUGCAGCUGUCCCAUGAUAAUUACAAGAAGCUAUAUGGUCUACGUCCUGGAUUGAUCUCAACUCAACUUAAUGAUGCCUCUGAUGCACAGUGGAGAAAUUUCCGCAGUAAUUUGCCGAUUCUAACCUUUGUUUUUGGAGUUUUUACAUUGAUGGCUAACACUGUAAGGGCAUGGUAUGAUUUAAAGGCAGAGGGGAUGUCCGUUGUUUGGCUUUUGAUUUCAUUGGCAUAUUUGUCAUAUCUCCAUGGAGCAUUUAUCUUUUUUAUCCUUGCAAUUGCAUCAACGAAUUUCCUUUUGGUUAAGAUAUUUGGACGCACAAAAUACUUUCCAUUUAUACUUUGGGUCUUCAACUUAUCAUUUCUUCUUUGUAACCGUGUUUAUGAGGGAUACUCAUUUGCCAGUUUUGGAGACCAUUGGGCUCAUUUGGAUAAAUUUAGGGGUACCUUUAGAUGGCAUAUCUGCUUUAACUUUGUUGUUUUGCGCAUGAUAAGCUUUGGGUAUGACUACCAUUGGUCAGAUCAUAAUCCCUAUGUUGAUCAAGAGAUGCACAUCCGACACUGCAACACCUGUUCUUCAGGAAAAACAUGUUACAGAAUGUUACAGGAGAGAAGUGUGGGGAUUGACAAGUUGUCAUAUACCAUAUACCUAUGUUAUUUGCUAUAUGCACCUCUCUAUAUUGCUGGACCUAUUAUAAGUUUCAACGCAUUCGCUUCCCAGCUGGAUACACCUCAGAAGAGUUAUACACUGAAACAAGUGGCUUGGUAUGGUUUUCGUUGGGUCCUUAGCCUCUUACUUAUGGAAAUCAUGACACACUUUUUCUAUUACAAUGCCUUUGCGAUCAGUGGAAUCUGGAAACAGUUAUCACCUAUGGAAGUCUUCAUUAUUGGAUAUGGGGUCCUAAACUUCAUGUGGCUCAAAUUUUUCCUCAUAUGGCGUUACUUCCGAUUUUGGGCACUGGUAAGUGGGAUUGAAGCACCUGAGAAUAUGCCAAGGUGUAUAAACAACUGCUACAACUUGGAAAGCUUUUGGAAAAAUUGGCAUGCUUCAUUUAACAAAUGGCUUGUGAGGUACAUGUACAUUCCUCUUGGGGGAUCUGGAAGGAAGCUUUUAAAUGUGUGGGUUGUCUUCACAUUUGUUGCCAUAUGGCAUGAUCUCGAAUGGAAACUUCUCUCAUGGGCAUGGUUAACAUGCAUAUUCUUUAUUCCUGAAAUGAUUUUGAAAUCAGCAGCAACUUCUUUUAAGGCUGAUAACGUAUUUAAGGAGUUUAUUUUGCGUGAGCUUAGUGCAGUUGCUGGUGCCAUCACAAUCGCAUGUCUCAUGGUGGCUAACCUUGUGGGCUUUGUCAUCGGACCAUCAGGCAUAAGUUGGCUAAAAUCUGUAUUUCUUCAGACAGAAGGACUACCCACUCUUUUUGGCUUGCUUGUAACAUUUUAUGUGGGCACAAAGCUUAUGUUCCACGUAUCUGAUACGAAGCAAAGGACACAUCAAAGUUAAAGAAAAUUGCCUGUCUUAAUACAAAAGUUUCUUGUCAUUUUCUAAUAUAAUGUUUUCACCAGUUCAGAAAAUUAUUAGUUCAUUUAUUAAAGUUAGGGCUUAUUUUGUAUAAUAUUAGCUUUAAUGGUGAUUAGUCGAUCUUGGGGCUGAGUAUGCUCCUAAUUUCCAAAAUGAGAUUUGAGAUUUGAUUUUUUACAUCAAAUAUUUUGCAAAUGAACA